CGGCCCGUCCAGUCCAGUCUAGAACGCGUGGUCGCGCUAGCGUGACGUGUAUCCGCGCAACACUCGUCCGACAACUUUUGCAUUCUGCAAUUCGAAUUUCGAAUCGUGACCGCGUGGCCGAAACUUUUUUUUCUAAAUUACAUCUAAGGGCUGCGGUCGUGUACGCAUUAUGCUGUGACAGAAAUAGUGUAUGUUGUGUUUGGAAUUGUGUUUUUUUUUUAUUUGUGCGUUUAAUUGGAUUUUUACUAUAAGUUGAAUACUUAAGGGGGAACCACGUGGAGGUCGACCUGAUAGAGUGUAUUGUUAGCAAUGGGUUCAUUAGACCCCAUUACUAACAAUCCCUUUCCCCCCGAAAUGAAAGAUAAGAUAUGGAAAUUAAAUCGCCAAAAGCGAAGAAAAAGUCAAGCUUUUCCAGACUGAUAUCGUGGGGCAAAAUGUAUCGAAUCCCAUUACUUAUGCUCCUUUUGUUGGGCUCUACCAAUUGUGACGAGGGAGAAUCGAGCGAAGACCUGGCCACACACAGUAUUCCAAAACCGAAUAAUUCAAAUUUCAAACCCAUAGACAAUAGUUUAAAUCUCGAACGUUUAAAAUUGAGGCAUCGUCAUACGCACAUGCUGCCAAAUUUAAACCGUUCUUUGGAUAAUAGUGACAGACAAUUAUUGAGUGACAUUAAAUAUUUAAGACGACAUUUGAAUAAAGAAAUAGUGAAUUUUGUGAUGAAAGACAAUCUUGUUGAUGGCGAGAUGGAGGUCAGGGUGCAUUUUAAUGGGAUAACAGCAAAGGAGACAUCUGUUGGCUCUGAUGGACAUGGACUGAAGCUUCGUCAGCUGACCGACGGCCGCCAUCUUGUCCAAAUGAUAUACGCACCAAAUGGCGACAUCCAGGACUGCGAACACAUCACACAAGGAAGAUCAGCUAGAAAUUUCCUUAAAACACUUAGAAAAGAACUUAAAUUAGCUUUAGACGAAGAGACGUAUAGAAUUUUGGAGAGAAACCCGCAUAAUUUUGACAAUGAAAACUUUUACCGCCAUUUUUACAAUAUGACAGUUAGGAUAUUGAAAAAUGGAGAGGGUUUACCGUCCGAUGUCGUCGAAUGGUUAGAUUAUGACAGAUUAAAAACGGAAUGUCUGCAAAGGCACGAAGAAAUGACUUACAUGAUGGAGAACAGAAAUAAAGUGUCAGAAAACUCUUUGGCCAGGUCACGGCGAUCCAUCAGGGAGAAUUUCAUAUUACCGGGGACAAAAUGGUGCGGCGCCGGUCAAUUGGCAACGAGGUACAAUGAGCUGGGCGCCGAUAGUACCGAAGACAGAUGCUGUAGGGCCCACGACAAUUGCCGAGUUAAUAUUGGAGCGUUUAAAAGAAGAUUCGGGUAUUUCAACUAUAGGCCAUUCACGGUCUCGCACUGCCGGUGCGAUAGGAGAACGAAACGCGACGCGACAGAGCUACUUCGGGUGCCAGGAACAAAAUGGUGCGGUAAAGGUUUCUCCGCGACACGGUAUUCCCAACUCGGCGGGUACUCCAGAACGGACAGGUGCUGUCGUAUACACGAUCUGAGAUGUCCAUUCUGGAUCGGUGGCAUGGAGAAGAAAUAUGGAGUUUAUAAUUGGCGGGUGAACACGCUUAUGCACUGUCGGUGCGACGAAAGGUUUCGUGCAUGUCUCAAGUUAGCUGACACCUCAGUUUCCAACAUGGUGGGGAAACUCUUCUUCAACAUCGUACAGACGAAAUGUUUCGUUCUAAAACCGGUUAAGAUUUGCACGAAACGAUCUUGGUGGGGAAAAUGUAUGAGGAAGGGUUACACGAAGCAGGCUUUCCUUAGAGACAAUCUACCUUACUGAACGAUGACAUACUUACGGGAUGAUGAUUAUCAACAUUUACUUACGGAACGAUGAAAGAACAAAGGAAUAUCAUUCUAAUGUGCAAAAGAUUACACUAAAUGAGCUACCGUGAGAUAUAUUCUACCUUACUAAACGGUGACACUACACUUAUGGAAUGAUGAUUAUCAAGCAUUUACUUACGAAGCGAUGAAGGAACAAAUUAAAAUUAUUCUAAUGUGAAAAAGGUUACACUAACAUAGUAUAAGCUUCCAUUAGAGAUAUUCUACCUUACUGAACGAUGAUAGACUUACGGAAUGAUGAUUAUCAAUAUUUACUUACGGAGCGAUGAAGGAACAACAAAUAAAAUUAUUCUACUUGCUAUAAAAAAUAUUAUAAUGCAUAAAGAAUGUUUUCCUAAGAAACAAUCUAUUCUACACGAAAAUCUUAUAUGUUGAUAAUUAUCAAACAUUAUUACAGAGUAAGUCAAGUGGAAAUGUUGCAAAUUAGUGAAUGUUAUUUAAGACGAUAAGUCAACACAAAUGUUCCUAUGUGAAUAUAUAAUUAUAUCAAUACCGAUGAUUCAAAAUAAAUAUAUUAUAAAUUGCCAAUUGUGUGCAGAAAAAAAAAUAUAGAAGUGUAGACAUUUCUUCCGCCAAAUCUUUAAAUGUUAGAUACAGAAUAAUUAAAUGUAAAUUAAUUAAAAUAUCACCAUUAUGAGAAAAAUAAAACAUCAUUUAGCGUAGUGAAAUUAAGUGUAUCAUAGUAAAUUUACUUAUUAUGUAUAAAUAAAUUAAAAAGAAAAUUUGUGAUUUGUGAUUAUUAUUGCUGUAAUUAAGUAGUCUGUUUCUGUAUAACGGGUAUAAUACUCGAUGACAUUUCAAUACAAUGAAAUGAUGAUUAUAAUCAUCGUAAUAAAUAAAUAAUAUAAUAUUGAAGAAUAUCACUAGAUUUACUGGAAAUGAGGUUGUAAUGUAAAAACAGGAAAAUCAUUGUACUUAGAUCUUUUAUAUAGACAUAGUUCCCGCUCGUAAUUACAAAAGAGUAGAUAUUUAUUUUGUGAAUAAUAUAAUUAGUAUAGAUGUAUAUAUUUAUGGCGUAGUUGUAGUAAUUUAUAAAAAAAAAAAACUCAACCACUUCUUAACCGUUUAAAAAAAAAUACUUUUCUUAUCUAUGUGUACGAGAAUUCGCGAUGUAAUCGUUAAUUAUUAUUUUAAUUAUACUUACAAUUGUAAUCGAUAUAUUAAAACUUUAUUUUAAGUAUUUAAUUCCGUUAAUUAUAUUUUAUUAUUGCAUUUUAUAAUUACAGUUACCGUUUAAGUAAUUUAUUUACGAAGAGAUAUUAAACUAAUAAAUUGAUAUUUAUUUUAUAAGUAAUUUAUAAAUAAAAUAUAAAAUGGAAUUUAAUAAUAAGUAUUAAACGUAAGCAAUAAAUAUGUCUUCAUUUUACAGAAAGUGUGUAGUAUUAAUAUAUUGUUGAAUAAUAUUAAAAAAUAAUAGAAUUACUCUCAUAUUCAUAAAAUUGCCAAUCGGCCUAUAUUCUUAAUUUAAAAUAAAAUGUUAAAACACUCUAAUAGAGUAGUUUUGUAAUAAAGUUUUAGUUUUUUUUUAUAAAUAAGGAUUUAGUGUCUAUGGUCAAAAAUCAAUAGAUAUACCCGCACCAUAUAUUUUUUUUUAAUCAACGUUCCCUCCAAAAAUAAUACAUAAUUAUAUACGAACUUAAUUAUAAGUAUAAUAAGAAUAGAAUUAAAUAAAUAAACAAUUUUAAUCAUUAAAUCUUUUCCCUUCUAGAUGGGGAGCAGACUUAUGUAAUUUAUAAGACAGAUUUUCGUUGACACGUGAAAGAGAAAAAACGAAAUGCCAAAAUUGUAGAUUCUAUAUCAAAAUUUGCCCGUAAAUAAUAGACAAUCUUUAGCAAAAAAAAAGCAAAGGAUAUAAGAUUGGUUGGAGGUAGAAUAACAUGAUAAUUUGGGGGGAAAAUUUGCAGUACAUUAAUGAAUUACUAGACGUUACCCACGACUUUGUUCCCGUAGCCGAGAUUUUGUUUGAAUAAGAUAAAAAUAGCCUGUGUCCUUUUCUAUCCCAAGUAUUAGGUAUGUAUUAAAUUUCAUGAAGAUUAUCUCAGCCGUUAAAAAGCUAAGACGUAGCAAUAUAAUUGUUUAUUGGUGAACAUUGGUAGGCCUCCUAUUAAAGUUUUGCCGGUAGUUGCCACCGCAGUAAGGCUUUGGAGAUGUUUUAAGAAGGACGCAGCCGAUCCCAUGACCAUCAAUACUACAUAGUACAGCACGACGAACUCAUUUUUCAUAUAUAAUAUUUGGAUUAAUUAAUCAUUAACGACAGCCGCCAUUUUGGUUGUUACAUAUGUAUAUUUUUUUAUUCAAUAUGUAUAUUUAUAUUAUAAUAUAAAUAAUAUUAAAUUAUAAUUCGAACAAUGACAUUUGAUGAUAAUUAUAUGCUCUAAAUUCAUAAAAAAAAUCUGUAAAAUUUUAAAUCGAAUUACUUGCAACACUGAUAAAUGGCACGAUUACUUUUUAAAAAAAAAUAUGCGUCAGCCUAAUUCCCGCGCUACGUUCAGUGGUUAAUGAAAAAUCGAACAAAUAAUGCAUAUAUGAACAAAGCAAUAUAUAAAUACUUAAUCUCAAGUACAGAAGAUAUCUAAAGAACGAGACAAAAGGAAAUUAUAAGAAGACACAAACAAGAAUAGCUGUAUGGACUUAGUCUCUUUGCCUUCCCUAAAGCGAUAAAUAUAUCCAAAAAACAUCAAUAUUAAGAGGUAAUGUUCUAAGAUAAUGGUAUAUACUUUUUGUCACACACAUAUAUAUAUAUAUAUAUAUAUAUAUAUAUAUGUAAUUGUUUUUUAUUGUAUUUUAAUUUUUAUUAAUAUAUUUUUGUAAAAAAAAAAAUUAUCAAAAAACAUUUUGUUAUUUUAACUUGAUUAGUUUUUUUUUUUUUUUAUUUUUGUUACAAAAUUUCGCUUUAACGUCUGAUCAAAUUUUAAUGAAAUUUGAUACACGGAUAUGCUUAUAUCCUAAUUUAAAAUAUAGAAUUUGUAACAUUAUUGAUUUCCUUGAGCAAAGUCGUGGAAAACAGCUAAUUCAAAAUAAGUAUUCUAUAAUUUAAUAUGUACUUAUGUUAUACUAUAAGGUGUUUGUCUAUGGGCUUACGUUUAUAAACUUUUUUCCUGAAAUAAAUAAAUAUGGAGCAUGUUUUUUAUGGUGCGGGUGGCUAAAAUGUGUGAGAUUUUUUUUUAAGUUUUCCACUUUAAUCUACAUUUUAAUAAUACUUCCUAAUUAAAUAUUUAAUUGUAUACACAAGUUACGUUUUAGUAAUUUCUUUUUUUUUUUAAACACACAGUCUAAUGAACAGUUUCCUGCCAGUUGUCCAACGUACGUCUGGACAGAGUAACGCAUCCCGAAUUAUCAUGUAACCAUUCGGGAUGUGAUAAAAGCGUUGGACCACUGGUCUGUUCCUUACACUGUGCACAUGACAACAUGUGUCUUAUGUUAGGUUUCAUGUCAAAUAAAUUUAUUAUAUAUUCUAUGCGUUUAAAUAAAUAGAUACAUUUUCUUCAUUUUUUUUUUAACAUAAGAACGGUGUGUGCCAAAUGGAGAUAAAAUUAAUAAAUAUUAAAUAUUUAAAAUAAAUCAAAGUUCCUCAUUGACAAUAUUCAUGUAUAGUUCGUGUCUAUGUAUAGAUGUUUAACGUAAGUCUUGUUCUAAUUGUAUCAUAAAUAAAAAAAUUAAUUUUAAGAAACAAACUGUUUUAUUUAUGGUUUCUUGAAUAAUGAUAAAAUUUGUAUUAAGUAAAUAAAUAUAAAUAUAUAAAAAAAGAUCCUAGAUUCACACUACCAUAUAAAAGUUAAAACCUAAAAAUGUCUUAAAUUCAAAUUAAGUGAAAUUAAUAACUUUCGUACGAUAGGACACGAGUGGACUAGGUUAUUUUACUGUAAACAUGAAACUGUACGGUUUACGUACUUACAUUACGCUUGCGCGUCGUCAACACUUUUUUUUUUAUACAACUUAGAAUGGCAAACAACCUGAUGCCCACCUGAUGGAAAGUGGUAACCUAUAUGGUAGGUCGCCUAUAGAUAUGAGCAGUACCAUGGACAUAACAGAGUAUACUGUUUCGUCCAUGAUACUCCCCACGCGUUGCCAUUCCUGAGGACUCAGGUGUUAUUCCUCUGUACCCUGUAAAUUCACGCCAUAUCCUUCCUUUCCUUCAAACCGAAACACAGCCAUGCAAACACAACUACUUUACGGUUGAAACACGAAUGGGACAGAGGUACCCAAGCAAUCGACUUUUGUACAAAGUCUCCCUCUGGUUUUACAAUAAAGUCACUUUUUUAAACUAACGGUAGGAGAAUUCUAAACAAACAUUUGUACCGUAAAGCCACAUUAUAUGUUUUCCCCUUUACAAAAAAAUAAUUUCUGUGGAAUGCACAUUUUUUUAAAUAUUUAUUUAAAAUAUGUCAUGUCAGUAGAAAUAUUUACAGAAAAAAACCUUACUAUUUUGUAACUAUUGGUUUACUUAAUUUUUGUUUUUUUUUUUAUGGGGCGUGACUCUCACUAUCGCCAGAAUCCGUUUGAUCAAUGACUUACGGGACACCUGUAUAAUCAAUUAUUAUUGUAUUUUUGUAACAUUAUUUCAAUAUAUUUUAAUCGAACUGUACCUAUAAUGUAAUAGACUAACAUUUUUUUUUUAAUUUAGGCGCAGGACAAAAAUCGCCCAAUAUGCUACUUACAAUUUCAGUUGUUAAUACAUAGAAUAAGUAAUUUAAGAUAAACUAUUUAACAAUUUCUUAGAAAAAUGUCUUAAAGUUACUACCAUCUUAGAUGUUUGAAGUGUGUAUAUAUGUCUAUGUAUCGUGUGUAGAAAACAAAAUUUAAAUAUUAUUAAAUUGUUUAAGAUUUUUUUUUUUUUAUUUAGUCUUUAUAGAUGAGAAAUAAAAAUCUUGUAAAUAUUG